AUGUCCGUGCUGGACGCCUCGAGGGGUAGUCCCAAUAUUUGGGACACAUUUUCGGAUGAAGGCAUCAUGGAUGUACCGGUAUUCCAUGGCACCGUUCCAAAUGGAGGCUAUCUUCGUUCUCGUAUCCCCCUGGCUGGGCAAAGCCUUGGCACUACUGUCGUUGCGCAAGGCGCACUGGAAACAGUUAUGCAUGCCGAGACGGCCUACUACUUCCAUCGGUAA